AUGCGUGUUUUCACAUCAGUCGGGACCACGAGAUUUGACGAGUUGGUCUGCAUUUUCGGCGACGAGGAAGUUCUUCAGGCGCUGGCCCGAGUCGGUGUUACCCACUUGACUGUUCAGCAUGGCAGCUCGCCAUUCAAGGUGCCGCCCUCUGCAGUUAACAUUGGGCUCAAAGUGUCCUCCUUUGAUUACGCUCCAUCGCUCGCUUCGUACCUUGAAGACGCGGAUGUAAUCUUUAGCCACGCAGCGACUGGGAUUUACUUGGAGGCCAUGCAGCUCCGGUUGCCCCACUUUCUCAUUGUCAACACAAAUCUCCACGAAAACCAUCAGGCCGAGCUAGCCGGUCUUCUUGCUGACUCAACUCGUUGCCGCGCAUUUGCGGAUGCUAAUGCUUUCAGGGCAUACCUACUCUCUGGGAUGCUUGCAAGCGACCUCUUGCCUAUGAAAAACGCCACGGCCUCUGAUCAGCCUCGGGUCCCUCCUUUCCUACUAGAGGUCCUCUCGCGCACUCCACGACGCCGAGGCCUUCUGGGACUCGCUUUGGCAGGCGCCUUCCUUCUAAUACUAGCACGCGGGCUAUAA